GGGUCUUUUAGUUUUGAGUUUGCCUUUGUGACAAGAAGUUGGAAGAGAAAACCGAUAUAGAAAGAGUCCCUCGCUCAAUCAUCGAACAAAUAAGCCAAAUAUCACACUCCGAUCGUACGCCAGAUUUGCUUGAUUGCAAGAAAUCGCGAGACCGAGUUUUGCCGCACGAUUUUGUCCACCGAAGAGCGUUUUGCGUUGAAUAUCGAGUGUGUUUUGUUCGCCGAGUGACGCGUCGUCCAUUGAGAAGUCUUGAAGAGUAUUUUUCUACCCAAGUCGCGACGUGCAGCUGAAUUUUCUUCUGGCCAGGAGCCCCACAAGGAGAGUCGCCUUCAGACAACGCCGAGUCGCGCCCCCUUAAAACAGAGAGAUAAAGUGUGUUGUGUCGCGCGCGUUCAAACAUCCGUGAGAGUCGUGAAAGUUAAAGAGUCCCCAAAAUAUCUGCCUUUUUCUCACCUCCGUGGCCACUGAGACACCCUGUUAAACACCCCCCGAAUCAGCACCCGAUCCGCUCUAAAAUCAAGUGAUUUCUCGAGGGUUUUGUGAGUUCGCCACAUCACAGAAAGAAGCAAGAGAAAAAAGUGAAGUUUAUCCACGAAAUCCACGCGAAAAUGAGCAUCGAUGCAUUACUAAAGGCUGCUGAGUACUUGGAUAGACGCGAGAGAGGUAAAAAACGUCCGGAAAGCGCGUCUUUGUUCGCGCGACGACCCUCCGGCCGGUCUGGAAGGGGUCCGGAGCAAGAGCAUGGCUAUGCAUCGAGCCUUCCGAUGCCAGACAAAACCAAUAGAAAUUCCAGCAACAGGAAGGCCAAGUCGAAGAAGUCAUCAGGGAACCGAACGACGCACAACGAGUUGGAGAAAAACAGGAGGGCGCAUCUAAGAAAUUGUUUGGAGAGAUUAAAAGACAUGGUACCUUUGGGGGCGGAUGCCUCACGACACACAACACUAGGUCUUCUCACUAAAGCGAAGCGAUUUAUUAAGAAUCUUGAGGAUAAAGAUAGACGGCAAAUUUUUCAUCGGGAACAAUUAAGUAGAGAACAGAGAUUUCUGAGGCGACGCCUUGAACAAUUAACAUAUAAUGCGGCGCUGUGUAAAAGAAGAUCCGUUUCUGAAUGUUCAACCUCAACCAUUUCUAGUACAAAUUCAACAACAUCAACGGGAUCACCAUCAUCUAUAAGUGAAUCUGAUGAAGUGGACGUGAUCGGCUAUACAAGCAAUCAAUCGGAUACGGAUGACCACUCAUCGGUUCAGUCGCUGCAGUCUGGGUCGACAGACAGUGGCGUCGUGAUGUCUGCUUCGCGACUCACCCUUUCCGAAAUGGAUAUUAUCUAGAUGUAGACAUAAAACAGAAAGAAAAAACACAUUUAAGAAACAAACGGUGCAGGCUCGUGACACGGCAAGACGUCGAAAUGAAGGUGACGAGGAGGAUAUCUGAUGAUUGGAGGGGAAAUAGAGAGCAAGGAUCCAGUGAACCUUCUUAGCCAGUUCAGUUUUUUUUUGUCCAUACAACAACCACACAUCUUCAUUAAACAGCAGAGAAUCAAAAUAAUGUGCAAGAAGUGAGAUCACCUUUUUACCUGUAUCAUCGACAGCGUUCCAGUUCCGUUUGUAAGUGACUCGAGAUAUUAUUUCUUCAGUUUUGUCUACACUUUGGAAACCAAUAGCGGUUUAUUUUUGAUUUAAGAAAUCAAAUGCUAAAUUGUAAGUAGAGGUUAAAUUUCGCGUGAAGAAGUUUGUACAGCACUUUUUGCAGUCAAAGAACAAGAAAAUCUACUUAAGAACGAUAGAUUUUGAGGGCAUGAGAGAAAUGUGCAAAAGAAGAACUAGAAAACAUGGUUUUUAUCGUUUCUAAAGCAAAAGCUUGAUUCAUUUAAUGAAGAAUUAUUAAGUGAAAUUCUAGUGACAAAGCACUGAAAAAUCUAUGUGUAAUAGUUUAUUUUGCCUUUAAAUUUAGACAUUUGUAAGAUUUUAUUCCACCAAAUUCUGUCAUACGUUGAUUUUUUUCUUAUUCUUCUUCUGAUAAAUUCUUAAAAAGCGCAGCAUAAAUAUACCUAAACAUGAGAACAGAAAGCUUAGGAUGGAAAAAGAAACACAUAUCGACCACCGAUCGCUAAAUGUAUGAAUGCCUCUAGUCAUGAUUUUAAAUACAAAUUGAAUAGAGAUGAAAUCGUUUAAAAGGAUCCUUAUCACUUGUCCUUUUUUGUAAUAUUUUGUGUGUGAUCUUCACUUUCCUGGGAAAAUUGAAAAAAAAAUGAGAAACAAUCGUGUGACCCUUUUUCUGUGGGAUGUUGAAACGGAAGAAUUUUGCCAUCUUCAAUGAGCGUGAAAGUGAAAGACAAUUUCAUGACGAAAGACACUGAGCAGAGCACCGUAUUUUCCUUUUUUUUAUUUUGUAAAAAAAAUCAAAUAAAUUAUUUGUAAUAUGUAAAUUGUAAAUAGAUUUGAGAUGAUGAUGCAGGAAGAACAUAAUAAAUCUGAAGGGGAAAUGAUGGAUAUUCGAUGUAAAACAUAAUGAAACCAACAAAUUAAUAUUAGAUUUAUUAUAAAUAACAUGAAGUGAAAGAGAAAAUAUUGGUAGUAACUUUGAGGUGAGAAAAAAGUGAAGGACAAACUCGUUGAUAUUCUCUUUUAUGUGCAACCAUAAUAGAUGCGCCUCGACAUUUGAAAAGAAACCAACACAAUAUCAAACAACAAAUCUUGAAAAAUCAGACAGUAAAGAUAACUAAUUCAUGGGUUUUAGUGACGCUUGAGAUAAAGAUAAAAUAUUGAAUUUUGAAUAGCAUCAUAAUGAAGAAAAUAAUAUUGCUGCAUUAAUUCAGAUAUUAAAAAAAUUGUCCCUUACAAAAGUUCUAUGCGGGAAAAGCGGGAGAUAACAAAGACGGCCCCCAAAAGAAGCAAAUGGUAAUGAAUUUAUGUUUUCAUUUUUUACGGGCAUCUUUCUUUCCCUUCACAUCUUGCUCGUCCUCUUCAGCGUCCGGCAACUUUCUCAAUAAAUCUCUUAGCCUCAUUGUAUGAACCUUCCCCUCCCAAGUUAAGUUAUAUAUUUCAUCACUACUCAUUUUCUAAAAUUUUCAAAGAUUUCCUAUUAUUAGUCCUUCAACUCUAACAUUUUCCUUCAAGAAGAAAAGAGCCUACCUUUGUGAGUUUUUGUCAUAUUUGAUGUGGUGCAGCAAUUGAAAUUGACUCAAAACCAAUAAUUAAAAAUAUGUAAAACGAAACAUUUCUGUGUCUAUAGCCGAAAAGUAGAGGAAAGCAAAGUAUAACAAGAAAUUGGUAUUGUAUAAGAACAUUUUCUCCCCUUUUUGGAAAAUAUAAGCUAUAUCGUGUAGAAAAAAGCUGAGCGUGGGAAAAAGGUGAAAAAAAACAGCACAACUUGAUAAUAUUGAGAUUAGGAAAUGACGGGAAAAAUGGUUUCAGUUACACACACACAACCCAAAAGGCCGAAGGAUAUAAAAAAAAAAUUGCAAGAGAAAAUAACGCAAUAUGUCCGGAUUGAAAUAGGAAGACAAAAUGCACGUCAAUUAUUGACAAAAUUUCAUGUGCAUGUUGGAUCAUCAGGUAAUCCAUCCAGUUUUCUAUGUUAAAGGAAAAAAAGUGAAGACUCGACGAAAAGGACAAAAGGCGAGGGACUUUGCAUGAAAUAAUAUUUGUAAAUAAUACUGUAAUUUCUAAAAGUUUGUGGAAAGAGAAGAAGGUCUAUUGAAAUCACGAAUGAUGCGAUAUCAUUAAUUUCCCAGUCUCUUUUCUGUAAGUGAUUUAGGCACUAAGCAAUGUCUCUUUCUAUCUAUUUUCAGGUCUUAUGAUUACUUUAGCUAGAGAAUUUUAAUUUAUAGGUUAGAUUAGAUCAAUUCUGUCUAAUCAGAGGAAUCACACUAUGAAAUUGCCUUCGAGUUAUCUGUAGAUAAUUCAAAGAUUGUCUCUUGAUAAGCAAACGAAUCGCGUUUGCUUAUUGACAGACAAUGUUUUCACCAAAAGUUUUAUUACAUUUCAAAUUAAAACAAUAAGAAUUGAUGAAGAAAAAAAAACUUAAUACAAAUGAAGCAAUUUGAAAAUAUGCAUUAUUCAAUAUCAAUUCGGUUUUUCAUAGUGUGUGUUUUUCCUGAUAUAAAAUACUCUAGCUAAACUAAUUAAGCAUGCCCUAUGUUUAUUCAUAUUAUAAAACUUCACUACAAGUUCAGUAUUUCAUUCGGCUGUAAUGUGAGUUAAUAAACACUGUGAGACUUUUACUGUUUCACCGUAAUUUAUUUUUAUUCGUAUACUUUUCAUUCCAACGGUAAUUUUAGUAACUUUCAAUCCCGCCCUCUUCUAAAAUGGAUUAUCUGAUAUACGGUUGUUGAAAAAUGGAAACAGAGAAUUUUUCCGGGAAUGUGUAUAGGAAAGAAACCAUAAGCGUAACCUUCUUAGAAACCAUUGUCAGUUUCUUACGACUUUUAAUUUUGCUUUCACGUUAAUUGAUCAAUGUGGAAAUUACUGCAAAAUCACCAUGCCGACCCCAAGAAAUCAUGUAAAUGAUGCCCAAUUGAAGAUGAAACACUAACAUGAAUCAUGUAAAACCUGUAAAACAAUAAACGAAGCAGUGUGUCACAUUGCCACUGAGUGUUAUUGACAGACGGUGGAUGGAAAAGAUGACAAGAUGCGCAUGGUAAGGAAAUUAAGAAUAUAAUAAUAAAUAUAUCGUGGAUGGACGGAAGAGUUGAUUAUAAGUGAAAAAAAGGAAAUGGUAAAAAAUGAAGAAAAAACAAUUUUAGAGAGUAAAUUUUAUCUAUAAAAUUCACAUUAAAAGAUCAACAUAAAACACAAAUAAAAACACAGAAACACGAAACCUUUUGACGGAAAAAAAUUAUGAACAGUUAUAAAUAUUUUCUGUUGCGUUUCAAAAAAAAAAGAAAACUUCAAAAGAAUUGGAAAAAAAACAUGUAAUAGUCAAUGGAGAAAUGAUGUAAUCAACACACCAGACACUUGCAUUACAGUAGAAAGUAUGAAAAAUUGAAUUAAAAAAAAAUACAAACAAAUAAUAAGGUAAAAAGAUAUAUUUGUUAUGAAUUAUUAAUUGUGUAAAAUUAUCCAAGAAUUAAUCAAAGUCUAACAGUAAAUAGAGGCGAAGAAAGAAUGUCCGUAAACUGAACACAAGGAAGGUAAAAGAAAAGAGUGAAGACGAAAAUUAAAACCCGGCGAAGAUAAUUAAUAUUUUACAUUUAA